AUAGACAAUAUAGGCUACAAAAAUGAAGUCAUUAUUUGUUUGUAUUUCUGUUUUUAUAUUUUUUCAGUGUUUAGUACGUAUAUUGUAAUACAGGCUACUCUUGUUCUUGUAAUAAAAGGCAAUCCUGUGCGAAGCACUUUCCGUAAAAUCCUAUUUGCCCUGAACGCAUCGCGUGAAACACUUCCGUCAUUACGCACAUCGACGUAAGCCGUCCGUCCAAUCAGGUGAGGAGCUGUAUGCUCAGGAAAAAGCAGAUGACCAGGUGGAACUUGCUUUGUCAACGCGACUAAACCCCUGGCUAUGACGGUAAAUUGAGUGAGUUUCGGGGCGACAAGCUCGAAAUGAUUUACCUAAUAUUGAUUUCGGCGUUCUGUGGCGCGGUGUUCACCUUGGUGCUGCAGUUCCUGCUCAUAUUCAGGAGGAGCCCGGAGCCCUUAGGCAGGACCGUUCARUAUGUCAAAGUGGUGCCCGAUAGCGCGUUGAAGGAUUACUUUAAUUCCCCGCAUACCGAAGCCAACCACCAGCAGCAGGACGGCGCGGCAGCUGCUACAUCCAAGCAGGCGGAGGCCGCCGCCGGCUGCAGCGGCCGGCAGCAGGAAACGGCUGUCUCYGGCGGCAGCCCCAAACAACAGCCGCCGCCUUCGCAAGGCAGCGCCGAGUCCAUCGAUGCGGGCAGAGCCGAAACGUGUAAUUUCCUCAACGCCAUAUUCCUAUUCCUGUUUCGGGAGCUCCGAGACACCCCGGCGGUCCGACACUGGAUCACGAAGAAGAUCAAGGUGGAGUUCGAGGAGCUGCUGCAGACGAAGACCGCAGGUCGGCUGUUGGAGGGUCUGAGCCUCCGGGACAUCUCCCUGGGGGAUUCUCUCCCGCUCUUCAAAGCCGCCAAGCUCGUGAAGCCGGUGCAGCUGAACCAGGACGACAUGCCCGAGGAGCUCAACUUCGAGGUGGACAUCGAGUACAGCGGCGGCUUCCACCUGGCCAUCGACGUGGACCUGGUGUUCGGGAAGUCCGCCUACCUGUUCGUGAAGAUGAAGCGCGUGGUGGGCAGGCUCCGGCUGCAGUUCACGCGCAUGCCCUUCUCCCAUUGGUCGUUCUCGUUCGCCGAAGACCCCAUAGUGGAUUUCGAGGUGAAGUCACAGUUCGAGGGGAGGCCUCUGCCGACGCUCACCUCCUUCAUAGUCAAUCAGCUGAAGCGGGUCAUCAAGAAGAAACACACCCUGCCCAACUACAAAAUCAGAUACAAACCCUUCUUCCCCUUCCAAGUACAGCCUCCGUUGGGUUCAGCCACUGAUUUGGACCUGUCGGUACAGGACAGCAAGCUGGUGGAAGGCAGACUCAAAGUCACCCUUAUUGAAUGUAGCAGACUGUUCAUCCUGGGUUCCUAUGACAGRGAGACGAAUGUUCACUGCACUCUGGAGCUGAACAGUCACGAGUGGAAGGAGAAGAGCCGCAGCUCCAUCAAACGG